AUGGUAGGCGUUUCAUUAAAUAAUCCCAAUAAGGCUGAUGAUAAAGAACAAUUGGUUGAAACAAAUAGUGCCGAUGUUUUUGUUACUGUUUUACCAAUUAAAGGUGAACAAGAUGAAAAUCCAAUACCACCAGUAGCGGAUGUUCGUCGUAAACAAGCAUCAAUUUUAUUUGGUUGUCUUUCGGCAUUAUUUAUGCUCGGAUGUUUAGUUAUUGGAACAUGGCUUCUUUUUGAUUUUAUUAAUCGUACAAAUCAUACAUGGCGUCGAACAUGUCGUUUUCGUGUUAAACCAAUGGAUAAAGAUUCUGAUGCACCGAUUUUCUUUGAUCAUGGUGGUUUAACCGCAUUUGAUGAUGGUAAAAAUCAACUUUUGACACCUUCAAAAUCAACAAAUGUUCCACAGGAAUUCCAUCAGGAAGUAAAUGUUGAUCUUAAAAAGAAUGUUGAAACAAUCGAAGUACCACAAAUCGGUUUUACAAGUACUGUUCGUAUAAUUGAAGAUUUUGAUCAUAAUAUUACUGCUAUUCGUGAUUUUGGUGUAAAUAAAUGUUUCAUUAUGCCACUUGAUCGUCAACAUGUACCAAAUCCGGCUAAUCUUAUUGAAACAUUUUUGGCUAUGAUGUCCGGACAAUUUUUACCUGAUAAUGAAGUUUUACGUAAAACAAUGAAAGUUCAAACACCAGCUUUAACUGAAGCUGAUGUUGCUAUGUAUGGUCCUAUUGUUGCUAAUACAUGUCCAAAGGAGAUUAAAACAUAUCGUCUUGUUCCAAAAACAGCUGAAGAAAUGAAAAAUCGUCGACGUCGUUCACCAAAUGGUUUAUCAUUUGUGUACUCAGUUGGUGAACGCGCAAUGAUGUUUGAGAUCGACCAUUAG